AGGUCUUUAUAAAUGAAUGAAUCAAAAAAACCUUAUUCUCUGUAGAGACAGAGAGAGGAGGAGGAGAAGAAGGAAGAGAGAAGAGAAGAAGGCUCUCUCUGCGUUAAACAGUGAGGAGGAUGAAGAAGAAGAUGAAGGAGGAAGGCGGAAGGGAAGGAGAAAGAUAGUGGGUGCGUUAUUGUGUCUAAACUUCUUUUAUUCUUUUCAUUUUUCUAAUCCAGUCCUUUUACUUUCUUUACACUUUUAAUUCGCUCCCUUUAGUUUCUUUUAUUAGCACUAUACUCCUUUUGCCUUACAUUUCGAGAUACGGCCCAUCAAAAGGCCCACUUUAAGAUCCUCUUUCGCCGCAACAUGUGUGAUUCAUAACGUCUCCGUACCAAUUACACUAAUAAACCCAAUUCUGAUCGUGACACUGACGCCCAACAUAUUAAAACUGAAAAUAAAUUUGGUUAUAAGGAGAGAGAUUUGUGGAAAACGUAGGGGUUUAGGAACAAAAGUUGUAACUGACGAAACCUAA